AUGCUGAACGGAACUGGAGUCAAAAUCUUCACCGGCACCAGCCAUCCCGAGCUGGCGGAGAUCAUUGCUCGACGCCUUGGUCUACCUCUUGCAAAAGCUGAUGUGACCAAGAGCGGCAUUGGCGAGACAAGCGUCCGCAUCGCAGAGAGCGUUCGCGAGAACGACGUGUACAUUAUCAAUACUGGCUGCGGAGCAGUUAACACAGCACUCAUGGAGCUUUGUAUCAUGAUCCAUGCCUGCAAGAUUGCAAGUGCUAAACGCAUAACGGCCGUCGUCCCUCUUUUCCCAUACGCACGACAAGAUAAGAAGGACAAGAGCCGCGCCCCAAUCACGGCGAAACUCGUAGCAAACAUGAUACAAAAAGCAGGUUGCGAUCACGUCAUUACCAUGGACCUUCACGCAUCACAAAUUCAAGGAUUCUUUGAUGUGCCAGUAGAUAAUGUGGUCACUCAUUCAUUUAUUUUCGCCGUGCGCAGCCUUUUCGCCGAGCCAUCAUCAAUCCUGUACAUACGCACCCAUUUUGAUCUUCAAAAUGUCGUAAUCGUUUCCCCCGAUGCGGGCGGCGCCAAGAGGGCUACGUCCAUUGCAGAUCGCUUAGGCGUCGACUUUGCUCUUUUUCACAAGGAGCGCAAAAAGGCCAACUCCGUAUCACGCAUGGUUCUCGUUGGACAUGUCAAGGACAAAGUUGCCAUACUCAUUGAUGAUAUGGCCGACACUUCCGGAACGUUAUGUCUUGCGGCGCAUCAUCUCACCGAGGCGGGUGUAGGCAAGGUUUACGCAAUCGUGACACAUGGAAUAUUGAGCGGCAACGCUCUAGAAAAUAUAGAGAAGAGCGCACUGGAGAAACUGAUCGUGACAAAUACGUUACCUCAGAAGGAGAAUCAGGCGAAGUGCUCCAAGAUCGAAGUUAUCGACAUCGGACCCGUCCUCGGGGAGGUCAUCCGGCGAAGCCAUUAUGGGGAGAGCGUGUCGAAGCUCUUCCAUGAGGUUCCGUACUAGAAGGCGUCAACGGGAGAAUAUUAUUGUAGGAGUGUAUUUAUUUACACACGACUGAUCAUGCUACUAGCCGAUCUACGAGAAGGAUAUGUACAUAUGCAGAGGGAUAGCCUUGUUGUCUAGACCUGGCCAUGGUGCUCGGAUCAAAAGCAUGUCAAUUAUCAAGCAUCCAGCCAAUUAUAGGUAGGUGACCUUGCUGUAAGAUCAAAUUCGUGAGACAAAGUUUUCAAACCAAACUCAAUCAAUCACGCCCACGGUUAGCAGGAGAGUUUAUGACGAUAUGACAGAAGAAUUGGAUUCCAAAUUAAGAGGUGAAAAGUGUGAGAUCGUAUCGCGGGUCGCUUACAAGGGUUGAAGCGGAAGGACCAUUCUUCUAAGGGGCGUCGUCGGAAUGGAGAU